AUAAAAAUAGCCUAGCGCGCGCAAACUAAACGUGCACGUGACUUGUCCACCAUUAUUGAAGUGCCCGUCACCCGUCACCAAUGACGGCCAUCAGGCUUAGAGGCUCUCCUGUCAACUUACUGAUAGUUUGCUCGCAGUCUCCGGACUCCCAAGUCGUUGAGACAGUGCUUCAACAUGAAUCGGAUGGCAAAUUUCUCUUGCAGUCGGAUGACAUCAAUCUUCGUUAUUGCUCGAAAUGGAGACCCAAAUCAAAAGGCCACCCAUUUCUGACCGUCGCUCUUGCCUCACAGAAAAGCUCAGACGUCCAUUCGUGCAGUGAAAGGCUCACAGAAUUGUCUAGUCGAUAUCAACCCGAGCUGCUUGUCAUGCUAGGAAGAUGUUCAAGUGUGGAGGUUGAACACAGUGUUGUGGAGCACGGCUGCGUAUUUAUUGCUAAAAAGGCGGCCAUAAGUAGGGGAACAAAACACGGCGAGAAGUAUGAAGUUGAGGCAGAGUAUGCCGAAGUGAGUGGUAAAAUGAUGACUCUGAUGAACGAAUUUGUCCACAGAGAGAGUCCUGAAUGGAGCAAGUUGGUGCCUUCAGAUAUGCAAUGCCCUAGUCCUCGUUAUGCGAGGGAAAUUGUGCUGGACAUUAUUAUAAGUGAACCAGAUGGAAUAACUAAGAAAUCCGUUUUAGAGCGAUGCCAGAAAUUAAAGGGAUUUUCUGGAUUUGGGGCAAUGUCGAACAUGACGUGGGCAUCAAUUAUCAAAUGUCUAGUAAAUGAAAAGGAAUGGAUCGAGGAGACGGGUGAGCAUGGUGAUGUCCUCAAAGCAACAAAACAGGGGCAUAAAUAUAGUCGAAAUGCACACGAAGGUAUAUUUCCCAAACGAGAUAGCCCUUCGUUGAUAUUUGAAACGAUCGGGACUGUCGACCACCCUAGUGUAAUGACUCCAGCAGAUACUGAAAAUUUAAGAAGAAGGAUGGGAGCAAACAGACUAAUGGCUGUCGACAAGGAUGCCUAUCGUUUCAUGAAAGAGGCUAAGACUUUAUUUCCUGAAGCUCAUUAUGUUGUGAUCAAGGGCGUCACGGAUCACUACACGGAGGAACAACCAAUAAAUUGCUAUGAGAAGUUUGUUGUAGCUUCUUCAGCUGCGUUUUUGAAAUACUUCAUCUCCAACGUUCAUCAGCUCCUUUUCAAAAACAUUGUGACCAGCCCUGUCGGGGAACUUAGGAUAGAUUUUUCAAACGACGCCAACAUCAGUUGUCUGUUGAUUGCAGUCAAGAACUAUGCUAGUUCGAGAGCAUUUGUCAUAGGGCUUGAAAUGGGCUUUUCACUGGAUGAGGUAUCAUGUCUGCUACAUGCCACUGUUGAGCCUCAAGAUCACAUUUCCAUUUUGUUCGAAACAAAAGCUAAAGAUGGUCGAAGAGAGGCUGCUGUGAAGUUACUGACAGCUUGUAGGCAGGUGGAUGAACGUAUCUACCAAUCUGUGGUGAAACAGUUACUGACUGUCAGACACCACUGACCAGUGACGAUUAUUGUCAAUUUCUACCUGAAAUGUAUUGCAAAUAGAUGUAAUGGCUGGCCUGAUUGUGCAUCUGAGAUGAUGACACAAUCACAGAAUGCUAGUAUUUUAUGCCAGAUAUACUACUAGAAACUGUUGAUGUCAACAUCUUAUACAAAUAAGUUUGUAGUCGUGCAAUGAUCAUUUGGAAUAGAAAAACAAGUUGCUAUUUACUUAAAAAGAUGGAUCAGUGUUCUCAACCAUCACA